AAGCAAACUCGAAAAUACAAAAACUCAAAACUCAUUUUGUGUCUCAAGAACUUCCACGAUUAUUUGGUAGCAAAAUUAGCAGCGAUCAUCACCAUCAUAAUCUUCGUUAUCGUCAUUUGGUUUUGAUGAAAUGUCAAUGAAUGAAGCUCCUCCACCUCCACCUCCAACUGGGUUACCCAUGAAGCGCUUCAAGUUCGUUUGGCGCUUUCUUUUGCUCUCUAAUCUUGCUCUUGGAGCUUUUCUGUUUGCAAGGGCAAAACGGAGAGAUUCAAUGGAGAUUCAUAGAAAAAGAACCGCACACAGAUUGCACAAGAGCAAAGCUCCUGUUGAAGUUCCUCCAGAACCCAUCACAAAUUCAUUGGACCUAAACUAUGAAGAUUUCUUGGUCCCGGUCACAGUGCCUGUGGAAGUGCGGGCUCCAAUUGCUGAAGAACAACAGCGCGAAGUUUUCAAGUGGAUGCUGGAAGAGAAAAGAAAAGUGAAACCAAUGGAUGCUAUGGAGAAAAAACAAAUUGACGAGGAAAAGUACAUUCUUAAGCAGUUCUUGCGUGCAAAAUCCAUACCCAAGUUUUAACUUCCUCUUUGACUCUAGCGUUGUUAAAUAACUGACAGAUUAAAGUUUCAAUCUGAUUUGUCCCUGACUUUGACAAGCUCAUCGCUUCCAAAGUUAAUUUUUCCCUGAACAUGACAGUAACAGGUUAAUGGCAUGCAUUGCAUUUCCAAGAGUUUUUAGGGAAGCAAGCAAUCAACUUAACCUAGCUAAAAAUUCUUGUAACCAUACUAGUUGUGCAUUGAGGGAUAACUGUAACCGUCGUCUUAUAUAAUGGAAACAUAGAUAUUAUGCAAGAAUAUUAGUGUUAUAUCAACGACUUCAUUGAAAACGAGAACCAUUAUGCCCCCGCUACUGGUAGGUCUCUAAUAGGCAGUUGUAUACUUUAAUUUUUGCUCCUAACUAUGAUAUCUUUGAUGGUUGUGUGCUUGGAUGAAUGAUGUACUUGCCAAUUAUUAUUUUAAUGAUUAAGCCGAUCUUUGGAUCCUUAGUGAA